UCAUGUUGCGUGGACGCACGUUUGUGAUUAUGAACACAGUGUUGUGAUUUAUUUUAUCAAAAUGGAAUGGUAUACUACGGAAUCAGGAAAAUACCGAGUGGAGUCCCUGUCAGCUGAAACCUUUCCCGGUGCAUUAAAAGUAAUACAGGAAGCAUUCUGCCAAGACGAAGCAGUAUCAAUAGGAGCCGAAGUCAACAUGGAUCCGGCGGCGCAGGAGGAGUUGUUAGAACUAUGCGCAGAUGCUGCACUAGAUGGCGUUUCACUUGUAGCGAUAGAAGUUAGCAAUGGAGAGGUUGUAGCUGUUGCUUUUAAUAAACUACAGGUUCAGUCUUCUGACUCCGCCGAGAAAACGUUUUUCGAAGUAUUUGUAGAAGAGCGAUGUAACCGGCCUUCGUCUAAGUCGCUUAUACAGUUCAUGAGCAACGUUGACGCCAGAUGCAAUUUAUUUGAAAAAUUCGAGACAGAUUGUAGCUUAGAGAUAAUGUUUCUAGCUACCCUCCGAGAACACAGAAGGCAGAACCUUGGAACAAUCCUUUGCAAACUAUCAGUUGAUCUUGCAAGAAAACUAAAAAACGGUCCCGUUUCGAAGAUAACGCUAAAAGAUUUGGGGUCUAAAUACUUUCACAUGAAACCACGUGAAGUAACAAAUAAAGUGCCAAAGAUUUGCCAAGCUAUAUGGACAGGAGAAUUCACGCAAAGAAUCGGAGCGAAGCUAGGGUUCAACGUCGAAGUGAAAGCUUUAAUGAGCGAGUUCAACCAUAAUGGGAAAACGUACGCCGAUAGACUAGGUGAUCAGGCUGCCUAUUCGGAAGUUGUAUCCUUAGUUUUAGAUUAAGUUUUUUUAUAGGAAAGUCUUGAACUUUGAAACACUACAAAUCUUUGUAGCCUUUUGGUGCAGUCGACGUUAAAGUUGUUUACACUUUCGCAUCUUACUGCUUCGUAAUACUAUGCAGUGAUAAUUAUUACUUACUACGGGUGUGUAGGAAUCUGAUAUUACGUUUAAGUCAGUGAUAGGUAAGUACAUCUUACACUUACAUACAUAGGUACUUGAUUGAAUUAUAAAACUAAAAUAUAAGUAGAACAAUUACUAAAAAGUAUUGGGAAAUCUUUUGCGUGCGUCAAAU